AUGGCGGUUCAUUUUUUAUGUUGUUUCCCCUCCUCUUCCUACCUAAAUAGCCCUCCUUUUUUGUUUCUUUUGUUUUAUCAAAAAAAUGUUUUAAUUAAUUUUAUUAAUUUCUGUCAAGUGUUGUCAAUUUAUUUUCUUCAUUAAAUCGGUUUGGAAUUAAAUUAGUUAUGUUUGUGAUGCUUGACAUGGUCAAUCAAAGCGGUAAAGUGAUUAUAAGGGAUAAUUGGAUUUAAUCGUAAUAACAGUAAUCGCGUGGGUUUCAACUCAACAACAUCACAUGGCUAUAAAUUGAUCCUAACCAAUUGUAUACUCUACCAAAUUAUUUAUUAUUGAUGGCUGGUAAAAUUUCCUUUUUAUGGUAGCCACAGAUUCUGCAUGGGUGUGAUGAUCCAGCUCAAACAUACGCACACACAGAAACACCGUAGGAUGGGGUUGUACAAAUGAUUCAAUCUAUUAGGACAUCCUAGUUCCUAGUGAAGACCUUAAAAGAUGCAGCUGGACCUAUUUCAACUCAAAAACGCAAACCAUUUUCCGGCUGUUUCGCAAACAUAGAAUCUAGCAACAUAAUAACAUAUCCCAAUCAUUUUUGUUUUUGCUCGAGGAUUUGGAUAACACUCAUGAAAUGCUGUAGUUUACCAGAAUUUUUAUUAUCACCAUUAUCACCAUCACCAUAUGGAUCAUGUUUAAAGUAAUUUCACUGUGAUUUUAAUUAUUUUCUUAAUAUGGCAGACCAUGACCAUUCAGAGUCAAUAGCUAAACCAGGUAAAUUGGGCCUUGAUCUAAAGGCUACAACCUCUGACUCUCCAUCCACCUUUAAGCCAACCACCAGUAACAUCCAAAGGAAAGGUUCAUCAACAGCUUUCGGCAAAUUAUUUCACAAUGAGCUCUUCCAUGAUCAGCUCAAUGAUAAACCCUUCUGGAAAGCUAAUUUCUUAAUCUCAGAACCAAUUCUUUUUGGUACCUGGGAUGGUGUUUAUACAUCUUGUGUUAUCCAUCUUUUUGGUGUAAUCACUCUUAUCCGUGCAGGUUGGAUUGUUGGAAAUGCUGGGAUUCUCUUGUCUAUCGGUAUUGUACUUCUUAGCUUAGGAAUUUGCUGUAUUGCGGUAAUUGCCGGAAUCAAAAUCACGGAAAGAGUUGGUGGAGGGACGAUUCACUAUUGCUUAUCACAGGUUCUUGGAGCUCGGCUUGGAGGUGCAGUAAGCCUAGUCUUUUGCUUUGGAUCGUGUGUUAACUGUGCUCUCCAUGUUACCGGUUUCGCCGAGUCUAUGGCCCUUCUUAUAGACAAUGUUGAACCUUGGUUUCAACCAGUUAUUGGAUCAGUUUUAAUUGUCGUUUUAUACCUAAUUAAUAUUGCUGGAGUUAAAUGGGUUGUUCGUCUACAAUUUCUCAUCCUAGCAAUCCUUAUUCUGGCUGCGCUGGAUUUGGCUUUUGGAUUGUUCAUCUCCCAUGAUCCAAAGACUGGUGUAAUUGGUUACAAUCGUGAAAAUUUCUUCCAAAAUCUUAAACCAGACAAUCUCAAUCUAUUUGCCGUUUUUGGAGUAUUUUUUCCAGCUGUCACUGGUGUAUUUGCUGGUAUCAAUAUGAGCACCGAUCUUUACAAUCCUCGUGAAUCUAUUCCAAAGGGUACUUUUUCAGCAAUCGGAACAGCUUUCCUUCUUUACAUGUUAUUCAUGGUUGGUUUAGGUAGCAUUUGUACUCGUUCAGCUCUGCUUGGUGACACAAUGAUUGCAGUUAAAGCAUCAGCCAUUGGGUACCUUUUACUUGCGGGUAUUUACAUAUCAUCUAUGUCAUCCAGCUUGGGAUCUCUUUAUGCAACUCCACGAAUCAUUCAGGACAUGGCAGUUGAAAAGAUUAUCCCUGGAAUGAGCUUCCUAUCUAAAGGACGAGGACCAAAUAAACUACCAAUCUAUGCGCUAACCGUUUAUGCUUUGUUAACAUUAGCCUUUACAAUGGUACGAAGCGUUAAUUUGUUAGCAACAAUUGUCACCAUUCCUUACUUGAUGACUUUUGCUUGGAUUGAAUAUGCUCAUUUUGCACUUUCACUGACCACUGAGAUGCAAUUGAUGCGAGAAGAAAGAUUUACUCGUUAUUCACCUUCAUCGCCCACAUUCUCGAUUAAAAAUGCUAGCAAAAAUGUUCAAGAUUAUGGUACAACUGCUAAAUCUGGUGCUUUGGAUCAGCUGUUUCCAGAGAGGACAAUUGGUAUGCCUCAACAUAAGAAAAUAUAUGUUCGCCGAGAGCAAAGUAGUCCCGAACAAUCAGAUUCAUCAAUUUCAACUUCUCCUGGAGAUCAAAGUUCAAUGAUUACCGAGGAAGCUGACGGUGAAACUUCGGCUCGCCAUUCCAGUCUUGGAUCUAUUUCCCCUGGAAAGCGUGAUGAUAUGUAUCCUUAUCUGGGAGAUGAAUGGAAUCAGACAAUCAAUCGUCUUCUGUCUAAUAAAUUUUUAUCCUUGUUUGGUGCUCUUGUUAAAGUUAUCCUUAUGUUUCUUGUCCAUUGGCUUUACUCGAUUAUUAUCAUUUCCAUCACUGCUAUUCUGUGGCUGUACAUUGGCCAUGUUAAUAAAGGUGUCUAUCCUGGUGUAUCACAGGUUAGCCUUUAUGAAUAUUUUCGCUUGAAAAUGCGACGAAUUUACAAGAGAGACGCACACGGAGACUAUCAGCAUUUUGUGGUUACAACAAACCCUGAUCUAGAUAUAACAGCUUCACAGUUGACUCAAGAAGGAACUGACUUUGCUGCUCGUGAAAAAUAUCAUCAAAUAACCACGACUACGAGCGAUACUAAUCGAUACCCACCUGACCAAUGAAUUAUUUAACAAGUUUCCAAAAAUUAUUCAAAUGAAACAACAUAUGAAAUAUUUAUAUUUACCUAAAGUGAUUUUUUGUGAUCUUUUUGUGAUCUUUCCAUUCCAUUCUAUUCUAUCAUUAACUUCUCUAAAUGUUUAUUACAAUUAACUGGAACAAUCUUGGUAAAUUAACUGUGGAUAUGAAACAUUGAAUGGACACAGUCAUUGAUUUUCCUGUUUCCUUUCCUGAUAUUUUACGAAAAAUCGACACCUUUGUGGUUCAAUUUUCCCAUGUGAUUAACUAAUCAAAAAAAGAAAUACAAUCAUCGAUCUGACGAUAAUCAAUCACUUAAAUUCUGAAUAUACUUUUUUUCUAUUCUGUAUAUAAAUAAAAAUGUACCUUCUGUUGAUUAUUAUGACGAUUUUAAAUCAACUCUAAAUUAAAUAAGUUCAGCUUAACAAUCUGAAUAAU